AUGAGCUUCCAGAAAAAGGCUAUCAUCAUAGAUGCACAGGGCCACUUACUUGGUCGUCUUGCUGCUGUCGUGGCAAAGACAUUGCUGCAAGGGCAAAAAGUUGUUGUGGUAAGAUGCGAGAAUAUCAAUAUAUCUGGGUCGUUCUAUCGCAAUAAAUUGAAAUAUCUUGACUUUUUGAAAAAGAGGAUGAAUACUAAUCCGUCCAGAGGACCUUAUCACUUCAGGGCGCCUGCUAAGAUAUUUUGGCGUACAGUUCGUGGAAUGCUCCCACAUAAACUUCAUCGUGGUAAACUUGCACUUGACAGGUUGAAGGUUUUCGAGGGUAUCCCUCCCCCAUACGACAAGAAGAAACGAAUGGUGGUUCCAUCAGCUUUACGGGUUAUACGACUUAAACCAGGUCGCAAGUUUUGUGUUCUGUCGCGAUUAUCAAAUGACGUUGGAUGGAAAUACAAGAAUAUUAUUGAGAAAAUGGAGAACCGCCGAAAAGCUAAAGCUGCAGUUUGGUACAAGAGGCAGAAGCUGAUGAAGAAGCCUACAGAAGCAGCUAGAGGACGAGCAAAAAAAGCCAUAGCGCCCUAUCAAGCUAUUCUUAAACAGUACGGAUAUUCAUAGUUUUAUGCGUUUCCUGGUGAUUAAAUUGUUCUAGUUGGACAAGUGUACUUUCUUGUGAGGAUGAUUGUUCAUCGCAACAGUCAUAAUUGUUUAUAGCUUUGGGUUAUUGUUGUCAGGUGGCGAACCUAUGCCAAACGUCGACGUAAAAUGACAGAACUUUAAGUAUUGCUUAUGAAGUGGAACUACAGACAUAUGCGUUAGUCUAUUCACUACGUAAAUUGGUAUUCUCUUUGCUCGCACAUCAAGUAAACUAGUGUUUAUUAGUUCAGAUUGUUGGUAUAACGUGCAUGCCUGAAUAGUGGAUGUUAGCUUGACAGGUAGCCAAAAACCGUCGUUCUUUGAAAAAGUCGAAUAACAUCCCACCUCAGUUACCAUUCUCAGAAAUCAUUAUAUUUUUAUAUUCAGCUGAACCGACAGCGAGGUAAUUUGCUCAUCAAAGCAUCAUAUCCGAUUUUUGAACGUACACUUCUGUUGAAUAAUUAAGAAACUGACCUGGUGCGAAUGACUUCACUGUUUUUACCUUCAUGUCACUAACUAACUAGGAUUGUCGUUGUAAGUUAUGCGUCCAGAUCUAUGCAUCUUCGAAUUUAGUGAUUAUCUUCGUCAGUUUUCUCCAGCAAUUGUCUAGGUUCGACAACCGUAAGCUACACAUAUCGUGUUCAAAAGAAACGUGAAUGCAUUUUCAUAUAUCCUUCUUACUUUGAAAAUGACGCUUCGAAAAAUCUCCGGUUAUACACAUCUUGCAUCUACUCUGUCCCAUUUAAUCUGCGUAGGCACCAGUUUGACUAAUGUGAAUUGGUGAUUAGGAUGAGUCGAGUGGUUGCUGUGUUGUCCAUUUGUUUGAAGGCCCUUGCAGAUGAUUUGAGGAAUGCGUCGGCUUAAUACUGUCGCAACCACUUGUGACUGAUAUUUAAAAGACUACUGAUUGGUACGCUUGGUCUCACUGGUAGAAACUGUUUUUGAUAGCGUUUGUGUCUCAGCUUCCACUUCAAAAGUUAAACUCUUUGAAAUGUUUCUUGCUCUAUCUCGCGUGACUCUUUCUCACACUAACAGGAUUUUGAAAGAGUGCGGUUAUAACGUAAUAGUCGGGAGUGUCUACGCUUAAAUUUAGUAUUUAUUUAGGUUUGGUAGUCAUUCUAAAAAUGCAGUUUUAGAUAUGAAUUUUCUGAUAUGAUGCAGUUACAAAUGUGUUCCAUCCGUUGGCUUAGAUACCACUUGAGAUAAAGUAAUGUGUUGACUGAAGGGAGUACUGUCCGCGUCAAAACUGCGUGAAUCAGUGUGCUAUCGUAAUCGCUAGUGGAUUGUGGAUACAAGGAAUUUGGCUGUUUGUAUAUUUGUCUGAGUCGUAAAUGUAUUCAUUCAUAUUUACUGCCACAGACAACCAAGGCUGACUAGUGUGAACCAGGGAAAAAUUUGGGAAAUCAACUAGAGACAAUCUGAUUUGUCCUUGGUUCACCUUAACUACCUGUGGAAAGUAUAACUGCGGUGGUAGUUUUUAAGUAUAUUUCCAACAAGAUGAAUUUUUGUGAUUUCUUUGUCUGUCCGCCUCUGAUGUAUUUAAUUACACACUUUAUUAGAAUCUAGUGUUACUGCGCCCUGAUUUUAUCUGGAUGUUCUAUUUUUCUC